AUGAAACGGCUCAAAAUUACCGGCACGAGACUGACCUUCCCCAGAGCCCUAGAGGAGCUAGGUCGAGAAAAGCCCGCGCAUGAGGCAGAGGAAGAGAACGGAUCCCAAGGCGGAGGCAAGACGUGCGGCAAGGACGGUGUCGCCGGGUCCACUAUCAGGCGGAGAGCUGCGAGGAGGAACACCAUCACAUUGAAGGGGCUCUUAAGUGGUUCUUUUGCCCCUAAGAAAACCUUCGACCCGGGAACUGGGGGUCAGAACAAGAGGCCAAGCUACUCUACGACGACAAACAACGAACCCCCUAGGUCUGCGAAGCGCCAGAAGACGAAAGAUGAACCCUCAUCCGCCGCCGCGUACACAAACUCAACGUUCGCUCCUCCUCCUUCUCCAUCGCCAGCCCGGUCGAUCAGGUCCUCGUCGGCUGUAGAUUUGACGAAACCUGACGUCGACGCUGCUAGCAACCGCUCGACUCAGCAGCCAGCUUUCCAGGUCGAAGAAUACCGCACUGUGCAGAGGAACAAUAGCGUUCCAAGGAAAAACACCCGGACACGGAAAAGGUCGGCCAACAAGUCGCCCGCCUCCAAGGUUCAACCGUUGGACAUCGACGGCGAGGAGGAUGAGAUCUCACAGGAUAUGCCGGCAGUGAAGAAGCGAAAUGUCGGCAAGAUGGUACCUUUCAAGAUGACACCUCUUAAGGGGUCACGGGAUGCCUCAGAAGGAAUUUCGGACAGCGACCUCCAUAAAAUCGACGAACUCGCCUCCGAAGCUGGUUCUGCCAAGAAGCGCCAGGUUUUCGACGUUGACCCUAUUUCGGACGAUGAAGCGCCGUCGCCGACGACGUCUGAAAGCCGCCUCGCCAAGGCCGACAUGUCCCGUGUUGAAUUCAAGAAGCAGAAGCCCGACGCGUUAGCAAGCAUUUCCAGAUGUGCAUCUGAGGACGCUCCAGGCUUCCUAGUGUUGGAAUUUGCCGCGAAUAAUGAUGCCCUUCGAUUUGGAAAUUGGGUUGAGGAGACAGCUGGAGGACUGCGUAACAUGAAACUAUUGUGUGAACCAGAAGACAGCCAACACCUUCAGAAGGUCUUUGACAAGCAAUGGGAAAACGCCGUGAAGUACAAACCAGCACCUUGGACUCCAAAGCCAGACGACAUCAAACAUCUUGAGUCGAAGCAAGCAAGCAAGGACGGCGAAAUUCAGAAGUCUACCCCGCGAACCAGCUCUCGUCCAAAUUCCGCUCACCAAGAUGCAUCAUACCAACCCUGCAAGCCGCUCAGAAGUAGUAUGAACACGGGCGAUCCUGCGUCUACACCCAGCAAACCCCCAAGAACGUCUUCUUUCUUCACACUUGCUGGUGAGAAAGAUGCCAAAGCCGAGCCCCGACGGACUCGAGACUUGACGCAAAGACAGACUAGAGAUGCGGCUGCCCGACGUACAACUGAGCCAAAGCCAAGCAUUUUGGCACCGCGGUCGCCUAGUCCAGUACUGUGGACGGAGGAAAAUAAAGAAUGGAAAAAGAUUUGGGACGACGACAAGCCACUCCUUUACCCAGAAUUCGGCAAACACAAAGCGACUGUCAUCAGAGAUGAUAUUUUCAGACUUGACGAGGGCCAAUUCAUGAACGACAAUCUCAUCUGGUUCUACAUGAAGUAUCUCCAGGUCAAACUCGAAAAGGAGAAUAAGCAGACCCACGACAGGAUAUAUUUCAUGAACACCUACUUCUACCCGAAGCUCACAGAAAAGUUGGGCCGAGGGAUCAACUAUGAAGGCGUCAGAUCAUGGACGACGAAAGUCGAUCUUUUCUCUUACGAUUAUAUCGUCGUUCCCGUCAAUGAACAAGCGCAUUGGUACCUCGCCAUCAUUUGUCACCCGUCCAAACUUAUCAAAGCCCAAGAGGUGCAGGAGGUUGAUAAAGAACCGCCCCAGGUUGCACAGAAAGAGGCUUUAGUCUCUGCGGUCGGCGAACAGGUGGAGCAUAUGAGUUUAGACGAUCCUGCGACUGAAAAUAAGGACACGGUCGUGCUCGUUGAACCAAAAGCCUCGCCUGUCAAGUCGCAGUUGCCCCGGAAAAGUACAGGGGCUCUACCUCGCAAGAAGGACCCCUCUGAGGCCAGAGUCAUCACUCUGGAUUCGCUCGGUGUUGGACACUCAGCGACUUGCGGAAACUUGAAAGAAUAUCUUGUCCGUGAAGCCAAAGACAAGAAAAAUCUGGAAAUCGAGGCUCCGGGCCAAUUUGGCAUGACUGCGAAGAAUAUCCCGGAGCAACUCGAUCAUGCAAGCUGCGGUGCUUUUCUGCUGGGCUACUUGCGAGAAUUCUUGAAGGCUCCGGAUGACACCGUUGGUCGCAUUGUGCGCAAGGAGGAAAUGAAUUGGGAUAUCACGUCUAUGACAAUGCGAAGCGAGUUGCGCAGCAUUAUUAUCGAGCAACGAGAAGAACAAAACCGACGUUUCGCUCUGCUUGCUGCAGAAAAGAAGGCCAAGCGCAAAACACCAAAGGCACCCAUUUCGAGCAAGUCAUCGGAGGAGCCAAGUGGCGUGCCCUCGACACCAAGGACUCCCGUCUCAGCUGGAGACGCGCCCAAGAAUCCGUCUUCUACUAUCAAAGGGUCCCCUGCGACCCCUUCGAUCCCUUCGAUCCCUUCAAUGGAUGGCAGCAGCUCUCCCGUCAAGACGGAAACCAAUGGCGAAGCACCACCUGUGCACGAUAGUGUACCUCAAGAGCCAUCUGGGUCUGAAGUCGGCAUAGCCAAGACCGCGGAAGAGCUGCAGCCUGUCGCAUCGAAAAUUUCUGAACGGCCGAAAACGCCGCCCAGGUCUGAGCCGCCCGCAAAGGUCAAUCCUUCCCCAACUCAGCAGAGAACGAGCCCUCGCUUCAACAAAGGCAAAACGAAUGGUCAAGUUGACAAGGUGCAAACCACCGACGAGGCUCCUGCUGCUUCGCCUUCGGCAACCUCGAAGGCGGAGUCAGCCCAAAAACGACUGAGGAAACCAGGGUCUAGUCCGGCAGAGGAGAUCAUGAACCGGAUAUCAUCACCGUCCAAGACUCAUCCCAUGCCUAUCCGCACUGAGCGGCGUGCUUCUAGGCCCACCGAAAAAAGUCCGACUCCAACCCAGCAGCUUCUAAGUGAAUCGCAGGAUUCGCCGUCCAAAAAAACACUAGUACAGAAUCUCACCCACACGGCCGAACGCCCAAGCACGCACAAAGACCGAUCAACGCCGAAACAGAAGCAUCUCCAAACCCUCACGCAGGCGCCCACACUAACGAGCCCCUAUUUCGCGCCUCCUGUCAAGUCGCCGCCUUCAGCGACUAAGCCUAGACAACUGAGUAUCGAGGAAAUACCUCAACCCAUAUCGACUCAACCCAUACCUAGCAUUGAGGAUGAGGGGCUUUACCACAAGUCACCCGGCAACAGUGGUUUCAAGUCCAGCCAGACUGUGACUGUAGACCUCACCGACUAG